CAGAACGCUCAAACUCCAUAACCUAAAAACUACACGCCCUUCAGCCUCGCACCCAAAUAUCAGAUUUUCUCUGUUUUCUUUUAUUUAUUUUUCUGAAGGAGAAAGAAAGAAAACAACAAACCUCCAAACAAAAAUAGAAAGGAAAAUAACUGGAGGUGCCUCUUCGAUUUCCUUCUUCUUCUUCUUCUUCUUCUUCUUCUUCUUCUUCUCUCUCUCUCUCUCUCUCUCUCUCAAAGUCACGAGAAGCAAUCUACAGCUCAUUCAAAUUUCUCUUCCCAUCUAUAAAAUUCUUCUGAUUUUGAAAAACAGACAUAUCUUUUUUUUUUCUUCCUUGCGUUCUUUUUAAGCUACACACCCUUUUCAUCCCAAACCCUUUUAAGCUUGAACACACUUCUCUUUUCCUCUGUAAUUCGCAACGCUUUCUCUAACACGUUUCUCUUUCUUAUUUCAUUCUUUUGAGAACUUGCAAACCGUUGGAAUUUCAUUUUCAUUUUCUGAUAUUCUUGUGUUCUUUUCAACCUUUGGUCAACCCACCAGCUGAAACUCGGGCUUUCUUUCUGUUCUCCAACCCUCGUUUCUCCGGGGCAAGGGCUUUUCGUUUCCAUUGAUUGCCCAUAAUUUUGUUCUUGAUUCUUGUUCCAUAUUGUUGCAGUGCCCAUAAUUUCAACUGGGUUUGUCUUCCUUUUCAUUUUUAGCCAUUGAUUAAUCUCUGCGGUCUACCCUAUGCUGCCUCAGCAGAAAAACCCAGCUGGGGUUUCCCAAUCUAUGCAUCAGCAAACAACUUCAAAUAACAAUCUUGAGGAACCAGAGAAAAGACCCUUCUCUAUAAGACAGUAUGUUCUUGCUUGUCGUCAGAAAGAUGUCUUUUCUAACUGGCCAUUUCCAGAAAAAUACUUGCAAAUUUGUCUCAAUUACGGUAUUAGUGAUGUGUUGCCGCCCCUUGAAUCCCAUAAUUCAGCCAUCCAAUCACUCAGAGGAGCUGUAGGUUUGAAUUGUACUCAACAAGAUGAUGAGAAUGUUGAUUACUCCGAAGACAAAGAACCAGAUACCAUUGAGCAGGAGAUUGAAGAUGAGUGUAAAUUAUACUCUGACUCUGAGGAAGCAGUAUCGGCACUUUCAAUCCAACAUUGCCAUUUAUCUCCUUCAGAUAGCAGUCAUAAGUAUGAAGAAAACAAGACUGGCUUCAGUCCCCACGAUGCUUCCAAUAUUGUGGUUUCAACAGAUCAACCUUCAACACCUUCAACUACAAUACCAAGUUCACACCUUAAUGUUAUUCAGUGUAAUAAAACAUUGACUUCUUCUAUGAAGCCGAGGCGUAUGAAAAAACAACACAAGGGUAAGCAUAAGAAGCGGUCGAUGGCAAGUAUUUUAUCUGUAGCCAAGCCUUGUACAUCAGAGGAUCUCCUUAGAAUUAAAAGAUUGUGCUGUGUUUCGAGCGCACCUCUUGAGCAGGGGGGUGAAGGAAUUGAGAAUAUGAUCGAUGUUAGGCAUGACUGCAAUUCUGAUCUAACCAAGGAUUUCUCGAGUGAAAAGCUUGAAAGAGAUGAUAGUGAAGAAGCCAAGCUCAGUAUGCUGUCCAGACAAAAAAUUGUUGUGAAGUUCAAGUUUAGCUGUGGCAAAUCCGAUGUCUGAAGCAAAAAUUAAUUAAACUUGCAGAUUAUAUAUGAGGCUUCAGACAAUGUUUAUUAGCUCUGCUGCAAGUUAUGCUCUGUGUCAACCUACAGCUUUCUCCUUCAUGGCAGGUCGCUAUGUAAGAAGUUGAGGAUUUUGUCAGAUGCAGUAUAAAUUCUUGAAUCUCAUGGUACAGUCUAUGCAAAAAUUCCAGCGCUAGGAGCUCCCAGUUGGUUUGGCAUUAUUCACUCAAUGUGGAAUGAAGAUAGGGUUGUUCAACAUAUGAAGGUCAUGAGGGACAGUAGGGAUGCAUCCGGUUCUUUAUUUCAAACCAUACCCAAACUAAGGAAACGCAUAUGGUCUCAUAUCAUGCUCAACAUAGUGCUACGUGAUGUCAACUCAUUCAUUGUAGAAUUUUUGUAGAGCCACCAUGGUUUCUAUGUGCGUUUGGCUGAAAUUGUCUUUCAUUUUGAAGCUCUCUCUGCUGAGCACAAUGAUGGGUACUUGGAAAGAGGUCAGCUUCAUGGGCUAUCUGGUACAGUCACAAUCUUGGGAUGCAUGGGAUUGAGAUCCCUGAGUUGCAUUGUCUUUUAACAUGUCAUUAUCUUUGCUUGAUGAAUACGAGGAGUGAAUGCACUUUUGGUGAUGCCUCAAAGACCCAAAAACAUGCUCGUUUGAAAUGUCCUCCUGUGGCUCGACCAAAACUCAAUGUAGAUGGUUCUUCAAAACCAGAUUUGAGGUGCUACUGUUGGGAAUGACAAAGGCGAAGUGAUGGUCGUGACAAUGACCCUUUGGGCGGCAUUUCCAGAAUGAGAUUCUGGCAAUUUCAUGUGAGUUGAAGCUUGAACUGGAUUCGGUGUUUCGUUCGAUUAUAGUAGAGCCCACAUCUGAAAUUUGAGGAUGAUGCAUACGUAGCUAAUGCCAGCAUAUAGCUACUGUCUCAGUUUCUUUUCUUUUCUUUUCUUGUGACUAUAUUCCUAGAGGUUGUAAUAGGGUUGCUUAAUCUGUCACCUUACUCCUUGGCUCUAAGUUUCUUUACAAUCAGAUAUUGAUGUGCCCAUUUCAUAUUAUUAAUUGACAUUGAGAAUCUUUGGAGAUUGACCAGACAAUAAAAUAUAUAUAUGGGGGGCGGAUCUGUGGCACUACAUUUUUGACACAAGUUUUGACACAAUUUUUGAGCCAUUAGAUUACUCCACUUUCAAUGGUUGAUAUUAAAUAUUACAUGGCAAGUAGUUUUAAUUUUUUUAAAUAGACAAUCAUUAAUUUUAUUUUCUCUCAUAAAAAUGAAAGAAAUUUUUUCUCUCUCCAAUCCCACAUUCCCACGCCUCUCUCUCUCUCUCUCUCUGUGUGCAGAGUACAACCCAGGGUGUUGAGGCCAUUUGAAGAAACACUCAUUUUGGACAGCGCAGCAAAGACACCAGCUAGAAGAAAGAAAAAAAAAAAACAAUUCAUAAACUGUAAUUCCAUAUAUCAUUCCACAGGUAAUCCAUUUUUUUCUAAAACCAACCCCAAAGAGGAAGGAGGUUGAAGAAAGUGGUGUGGCAUCAAAUUUUCUCUUUGUAUUCUCUCCCUAUUAAUC